AUGGUGAAGGGCCGAGAAGUAAGUAGCUAUCGGAACCGUCAUGGAAUUCAAUCUCAAAACGUUUUGGCAGCAUGCAACUUCGAUUUGGAAUUCAUGUAUGUGCUUAGUGGGUGGGAAGGUUCGGCACAUGAUUCAAAAUUGCUAAAUGAUGCAUUAUCUAAAUUUUUUCUUGUGGAUUGUGGAUUUGCUAAUCGACACCAAUUUUUGUCUCCAUUACGCGGUGUACGAUACCAUUUAAAAGAUUUUGGUGGUCAAGGUCGUCACCCGAGAAAUGCUAGUGAGUUAUUCAAUCUCCGCCAUGCAUCAUUGAGGAAUGUGAUUGAAAGAAUAUUUGGUAUCUUUAAAUCGCGGUUUACAAUUUUCAAAACCGCACCUCCAUUCCAAUUUUUGACACAAGCGGAGUUAGUGUUAGCUUGUGCCGGACUACACAACUUUCUUAGAAAAGAAUGUCGCUCCGAUGAAUUUCCAAGUGAACAAGAAGAUGAUCAAUCUUCACCAUUUCUUGACAUGGAAGAUGAAAAUCUUGAAUUGCUUUCUCAAAGCCAACGACAACAAAGAGCGGAAGCUAAUGCUUGGAGAACUACUAUUGCCGAUGCUAUGUGGGAUGAUAGGCCAAGAAAUGAUGAUGAUGAAAAUGAAGACGAUCAAGACAAUGAGAAUAAUGAGGAACACAUGGAUGGUGAGAAUCAAGAGGUUAAUGAUGAUAAUGAAAUGGGAGAAUAUGCUGCAUUCUAAUGAAUUUCUUCAAUUUCGUACCUUUAAUUAAUCGGUUUAAUGAAUUCUUAUAUGGAGUUGGAUAGCUAUAUUGAUUUUAAAAGUAGUUGCAUAUGACUUUAUAUAAAGUAUUUCGUUUUGACUCAGAAAUUUAUUUUUUCUAUAUUGUUUGUGUUGAUAGUGUUAAUUUAUUUAUUUCUUGUUAUUAUAACAAUCUAUAGACUUUAUAA